CUCUCUUUUAUCAAAGGGGUUCCCCAAAGAGUGUUUUCUUUGUUGGUCAGCAAUAUGAAACGUACACUGAUAUGCCAACUUUUAAGGAUCAUCUCAUCUGCAUUCCUAUCCACAGAGCCUACUAGCUAGUGCCGGCGCGUAUGAUAUCAUUAUCGCGGUCACAUACGUAUUAUAUACCUCUUUAUAGAGCGUACUAGCUACUCAUAUUUCUAUUCGCCCAGUCAAUUUAUACAAGAUGUUGAAACGAAGAAAGUCGCUUUCUAUGCCCAAUCUCGUAGAGAUGGAUGGUAGUGCAGACGUUCCGCUUAACACGCAUGAACAGCAAGCACAGAAAAUGUACGAGCAAUGUUUACAAAAAGCAAAGACUGAACAGCAGCCACUCGGCGAUGAAUAUGACGAUAUCCAGAACUUCCACAUGCAAUACCAGAGGCAUCAGCGGAAGGCUGAACUCCAACAACAACACUCGACCAGUGCUACCUACCAACAGAACCAAGCGCAAACCCAACUACAAGCCCAAGAGUUAGCUCAGGCACAACAGAUGCAGCAAAUGCAACAGUUCCGGUCGCCACAGACUUUCGAACGGCCCAGGGGAGAGGGUAGGGUAGUGCAUAGUAAAAGCUCAAACCUUGCCAGUGCCUCAGGUGCCUUAUAUGACGAGAUGUUCGACAUGCAGAACUCAUUGCGGAAGACCUCAAUCUCAGAUAUAGAAAUACCCGAGGCCAAUUGGACGUUUAAUUCACUACAGCACUACCUGGAAGAUAGUGUACAGUCGCCGGGAGAUAUGGAUGAUAUUAAUAGCAUGUUGGCCACCGGGUCUAACUCACGGGCGGCCAGUGAUGGGAGUGCGGGUCUGAUGGGUCCUGGUAGUCUGAAUCAGAACACUCUGAAUAAUACAGGCUUUGCACAGCCGCAUUCGCCGGGUCUGACCCGAACAAACUCACGAAGACUGGUGUCACCAAAUAGCCUUGGACAACUGUCGCUGUCACACUCGAACGGGGGCGGCGGUAAAAUGUACUCAAAUCACAGUUCGGGAGGCCUGAGCUCGAGUAUGGACGCUUUCUCCAUGGAUUUACAGUCACAGAAUCAGUCUAUAUACAGGCAACAUCAGCAACGGCAAGCGAGUAGUACAAAUGGUCCCCCAUCGGGCCCGCAAAGCACGAGCGCCUCCACAACUCAACUUCAACAAACAUUCAACACUGAGCAACCUGCGCACCAAUCUCCCUCGUACUCCACAUCAAACCUACCUCGAAGACCCGAGCUAUCCAGUAGCACGUCAAGUAUAGUGAGUGGUACCCCACUUGGGCGAGCCACAUCGAAUGCAGGUCCACCGGUAUCCGCUACACUCAGCAGUAGCAGUUUGCUGUCCUUAUCAAAUAAUUUUGCUAGCACCGCGCUAUCGCCAUUCGGAGAUAUACGAGAAGAGAACGAAGGU